GCCAUGCAUGCUUCCUUCGCCUCAAUGCUUGUGUCCACGCCGCCUUAAACUCUCUCUCUCUCUCUCGCACUCUGCCUCGCAAGCUGGCGAUCUCUCUCCGAUUCGCCGCAAGGUCGCUUCAGCGCCUCCUCUCGCGGCUCAUACGGCGAUUUCUCUCGUGAAAUGUGAAUUUUGACAUAUACAUCCACAUUGUUGAACUGUGCCUUGUGCUUGUUAAAUAUGACCUCAGUUCAUAAGCCACCGAGUAAUAGCACACUUGGUGUUUCCAGCACUUUGGGCCAUGAAGUAUGCGAGAGCUACUUGCUUUUUCCAGGUGAAACAGCCCUCGGUGAAGCCUUCCGAACCUUCCUCUAUUGCCUUGGUCUUGCUUACUGCUUUAUUGGAUUAUCAGCUAUCACUGCAAGGUUUUUCCGUUCUAUGGCGAAUGUUGUGAAGCAAACACGUGAGGUGGUAGAGAUAGAUCCUCAUACGAAUUCAAUGGUGGUUAGACGAGAAAAGGUGUGGAAUUACACUAUUGCAGACAUCACUCUACUAGCUUUUGGGACUAGCUUCCCUCAAAUAUCUUUAGCUACUAUUGAUGCUCUAAGAAACCUGGGGGACCUCUAUGCUGGAGGUUUGGGUCCUGGAACGCUUGUAGGCUCUGCUGCAUUUGACCUAUUUCCUAUUCAUGCUGUCUGUGUUCUGGUUCCUAAAGCUGGUGAAUUGAAGAAGAUAUCUGAUCUUGGCGUUUGGAUUGUGGAGCUCUUUUGGUCUUUCUGGGCUUAUUUUUGGCUGUACAUUAUUUUGAAGGUUUGGACUCCUGACAUUGUCACACUUUGGGAGGCACUGUUAACUGUGUUGCAGUUCGGGUUACUAGUGGUACAUGCAUAUGCUCAAGACAAGCGUUGGCCCUAUGUAUCUCUUCCUUUAGCAAGGGGCGAGAGGCCAGAGGACUGGGUGCCAGGAGAGGGUGCUGCAUAUAAACAUGUAGACAGUGUGGAUGAUGAGCAUUCCGAGAUAAUUCAAAUUGGUGAAAAUGAUGAGAGGAGAAUUGUGGAUAUAUUUUCCAUUCAUUCCAGAAGUGAAACAGGUUUAAUGUAUCACAAUGUACAAGGCAGUGAUUUGGCUGACUCCUCUAAUGAACUUCUCCAAAGUGAGAUUAAGUUGGAAGAAUUUCAUGUGCUGUCACUUUGGAAGCAACAGUUUGUUGAUGCACUGAUGCUGGAGAGUGCAGAGACGAAGAAGUUGAAUAGCAUAUGUGUGCAGGCUUUGCGAAUAUUGUGGCAGUCUCUUCUUGCACCCUGGAGGCUCAUGUUUGCUUUGGUUCCUCCUUGCCAAAUUGCUAAUGGCUGGGUUGCUUUCAUUUGCUCUUUAAUCUUUAUCAGUGGAAUAGCUUAUGUAGUGACCCAACUCACAGAUUUAAUUAGCUGCGUCACAGGGAUAAAUGCUUAUGUCAUAGCAUUUACUGCGCUGGCUAGCGGAACGUCAUGGCCAGACUUAGUUGCUAGUAAGAUUGCCGCCGAAAGGCAGACGACAGCUGACUCUGCGAUUGCAAACAUCACUUGCAGUAAUUCAGUGAACAUAUACUUUGGCAUAGGUGUCCCAUGGCUAAUUGACACCGCAUACAACUUCAUCGUGUAUCGGGAACCUUUGAGGAUCCAAAAUGCAGCCGGACUAAGCUUCUGUUUACUCGUGUUCUUUUCUACUUCUGUGGGGUGUAUAUCAGUUCUCGUGCUUCGGCGUCUGACAUUGGGCGCCGAAUUGGGAGGGCCAAAGCCUUGGGCUUGGUUAACUAGUAUAUACUUCAUGUUGCUCUGGCUCAUCUUUGUGGUGCUUUCCUCUCUCAAAGUUUCUGGGAUCAUAUAGGAAGGAUUUAUUCAGGUAUUUCCUUGGGAGCAUGGUAAUUCCAACAUAUCGUCCUUUGAAGCAGGGGCAUUUUCUUUUCUUAAUUCGGUCUCAAUCUCUACAGGUUAGCAUAGCUCUUUUUAUCGUGGGACGGGAAACUCUCCCUUGAAAAGUACGAAAGUUGCGUCUGCUCGAACACUCUGGACCUUUCUCAUACCGAGUCCAUUCCUCUAUUAGCCAAUCGGAAGAGAGAAAAAUCCUCGCUUAUACGAACGUCUUCUGCUUGUAGACUGUUUGUUUCCCUUUUUUUCUCUAUUUUUUCCAAGAUGAACGUACAUUUUCCAUAGGUCCAGACGCUGCCGGGGAUCUACCUUACAAACCCUCACCAUCCAGCGGUUUGUCCCAGGGCCCCUCACAGGUACACUUCCAUUUGCUCGAGGCAGAUCCUCAAAGCCUUCUCCUACCGCAGGUACUCAGGUGGUUAGAUCAGAUUAACUUAUAUUAAGAUGUGUACCAGUUUGCAACGGUGAGAUGAGCUCAAAACACUGGAUGAAGAAGCAUACCGAGAGAUUAUACUACAAGUUCUUUAAGGAUUUACAUGACCGAGCAGCACUAAGAGCAGACACGUUCAAUUUGAUCUCAUUUAUUGAGGGCGUCAAUGGUCGUUGC